UAUUGAGCAAGGAGUAGAUAUCAACGAACGAGCCAACACGAACAAACAAUUCUUCAGUACGCAGCAAUUAACAAUAAUAUUAAAGUAGCACAAUAUUUGAUACGCCAAGGUGCAGACGUAGACGCUAAAGACGCAGUUGACAUGACUUCAGUGCAUAUAGCGUGCUAUUUUGACCAUGAAGAAAUGCUACAGUUGCUUUUGAACAAAGGUGCUUGUUAUAAUUCAAUAAUGAAGGGAUACCAACGACCACUGGACAUGACUCGAAGUGAACGAAUAAAAAAUGUACUAAUCCAAACAGAGAAACUGUUUCAUUUCGUUAAGACUAAUAACUUUAAUGAAGUCGAAACUUGUAUAAAACGAGGUGCUGUAAUACAAGCUAAAAAUAUUGAGGGAGAAUCUCCGUUACAUUAUGCUACAAUGAAAAGUUAUGAUAAAACUGUCGAACUUCUUUUGCUGCGCGGUGCUAAUGCUAAUGCAACAAACAAUCUAAAAGUGACAGCUUUACAUUAUGCAUCAAAGUUUUCCAAUACUAACAUUGUUGUUAAUCUGCUGUCAUUCGGAGCAAUAUAUAAUCCAGUUUGUAAUAAUAAUAAAACUCCCAAGGAUUACACAACAAACGAAGCUAUCACAGAGAUACUUGAUUUGGUAGAACGAUCAUUUAAACAUGUACAAGAUAACAAUUCAAUAAUCUUGGUGGAAAUUAAGAAAUUAAAAAAUACAAAUACGAGAAAAGCACUAUUGAAUGCCCGCGAUACUACAAAAAAUACGUUAUUAACAAGCGCAAUAAAAAAUAACUUCUCUAAAGUGAAGCAGUUCAAGGAUCUUGCCCAAGGUAAUAUAUCAGCAAAAACUGAACAAGCGCUGAUUUCUUUGAAUGAGGGCAAAUUUGAUGUCGCUUUGGAUAUUUACAACAAUUUUCAUAAUUACAUGAAGCAACUCUUAGGCCAUGACAGUCCUUGUACAAUUGAUAUUGAAAUGGCCCUAGCUAAUGCAUUGUAUGUAAAAGACUCCUAUCGCGAAGCGCUGAACAUAUCAGAACAAAUUCUUGAACGGCAGAAUGAAAUUUUCGGAGGCGAAAACAAGGAAACAUUAAGUACAAGAAGCUUCAUCGCGUUUAUGCUACAUAUAAUGGGAAAGAAUGAAGAAUCUUUGCAAAUUUACCGUGAUGUUUUGCAGAAACAAACGCAAAUUUUAGGACCGAAGCAUACCGACACAUUGGAAAGUCAAUUUCACAUGGCCCUGGUGCUCAAUGAAUUGAAAUGUACGAUGAAGCACUGCUGAACAAUUCUGAAGUAUUUAACACAUAUAAGCAAUUACUAGGAGCUGAUGAUCCGAGUACGAUCCGCGCCCAGAAUAAUAUAGGUUUAGUGCUUUCAAAUCAAGACAAAUGCCAAGAAUCGCUAAAGGUGUAUGAAAAGGUAUUGAACAAAAAACGAAAAAUAUUCGGCCCUUAUCAUGGUGAUACUUUAAGGACAAUGCGUAAUAUUGGGGGAGUGUUAUGUAAACUAAAACGAUACUCAGAAUCUAUAAAAAUACACGAGGAAGUGCUAAGACUCCAGUGUAAAGCUUUGGGGCCUGACCACCCAGACACAUUGUUAUCUGAGGUCAGUUUGGCUGACGUAUUUUAUGCUCAAUACAAAUGGAAUGAGGCUUUAGAAACAUACAAAAAAUGCUUCCACAAAAUGAAAUCCACAUUCGGUAUUGCUAACAUCUAUGUUCGUAACAUUGAAGCAAAAAUGGAAAUAGUAACUCGAUCACAAGUAAUGCAUAUCGAUCCACUUAUUCAUAAUAAUAACAAGAUAACAAAAAUCGCUAAAAACAAUGGGGAAGAUUACCAUCAAAAACACAAAAUGUCACUAACGUUAAUUUGAAAAAUAAACUCGGAAGAACACCUUUACACUAUGCCGUUAGUAAGGGGGAUAUAGCAGCAGUUAAUGAUCUCUUGAGAAG